AUGGGRAACACAGUGAGUGUCUCACAAGAAGUUGAAGAAGACACUACCUGCACAGUCAAGAGCUACCAGGCCCUAUCAGAAUCUCCUGCCAAUAUGACAAAUGGAUCGGUGACAGUUGUUCAGGAUGCUUCUCCUGCAAUGAAUGGUGAAGUGGAUGCAAAGGCAAGUGUUGCACGGGAUAAUGUGGCUGUUUCUUCCCCGAAGACAAUGGAGAUAAGCUCUGUUCCCGAUGCAGGCGGAAAGAAUCCGGGGAACGGYGCCAAGAAAGCCAUGCCAGCUGCUAAAUCCCGCUCUGUCUUUGCGUUUUCAUGGCCUGUACCAGGGCGUACUGAAGAUCAAGCUACAGAUUCAUCAGCUGGAUCCGCUACACUUGAUGUCAGCUCAGAGAGGCCCGAAGCGAACAAAGCGGCGAGUGAAAGCGUGGAGUUCCCCGCGGCAGCUGCGCCGGAGCGAUGCUCCCAUAAAAACCUGGCCCAGGCCCCUCCUGCCUCAGCACUCCAUGAGGAAGAGCUAGCAGCACCGGGGACACCUGAGGGAGAGGAUGCAGCCGUGUCGGAGCCAAAACAAGUAACCUUUUUUGACAGAAUCUUCAAACUGGAGAAGAAAAAGGAAAGGAGUAAAACACAGAUUGAUACCCGAGAGGAAGGGCUGCCUUCCGACACUCCUGGCGGAAGCAUCGCGGCAAAGGAGGCUGUUGGAUUACAGAGCGCAUCAAGAAGUGUCCCACAGGGGAAGGAGAUAGAUGACUGCAACCAAAAAGACAUCGGGCAGGACGCAGCAGGUGUCAACUGUGCCCCCACUGAGCAACCUGAAAGGGCAGAGGUAGAACAAGAGAACCCUCCAGCAGCUCCUGCAGUUGACAGUGAAAAUUCUGUCAUGAGUUUCCUUAAAACGCUGGUCUCCCCAGGCAAAGCUGACACCAAAAGAGAUUCUGAAGACAAGGGCUCGAAAGCGGAAAAAGGCCAUGGUGGGCAAGCCRCUCCGAAGACACCUGCUGAAUCCCAAACGCAAGGAGCCAAGAAAAAGAAGUCGGAGUCUCCCAAAUUAGGACACAGUACAUUUAGCAAACUCUUUAGGCAUAAGGCUGCAAAAGAGGCCCAGCAGACAACUAAUACCAAAAGCCCUGAACAGCAGCCGGGUACCUCUGUAAAAUCAGAAAAAAACACUCCAUCCUCCCAAGAGCCUCAAUCAACUAAACACAACACGAAAGGCRCCGAUGCCGCGGCCCAGCAGCCGGCAGCGGCAGCAGCUCCCGAAGCCCCCAGGGAGCUGCCCAAGGAGAAGGUGGCGGCGGCGCCCAUGCCCCUCAGCAAGCUCUUUCGGAAGAAGAGCCCAUCGGAAGAAGCAGAGAUUGUAAGCAAUGAAAAAGCCGACGCGUCUUUAGAAGCAGUGGCUCCUGCUAAAGAGGAAAAUAGAAGCGCAGAAGCUUCAGAAGUGAAACCUAGAAAAGAAGAAAUCAAGACCCCCAAAGCAAACCUGCGGAAAUUUUUUAAACUGUCAGUCAAGGGUGAUGGAGGGACUUCCAAAUCAGAAGAGGUAAAUGGGCCAAACCCCAAWCACCAAACAUCAAACUCCACAGAGAGGCCAGUUGCCCCAGCUGAAAGUGAACCUGUGGGCCAAAAGAGCAAAGAAAGUUCAAAAGACAAGAAGUCGGCAGUGGAGCUGAGCAAGCAGAGAGGCACCAAACAGGAAACCAGAGAGCAGCCAGACUCCAGAGAGCAGCAAACAACCGAGACCGAUUCCCUGCAGAACGGAGGAGAUACUUCAAAGGAGCCCUCCUUCAAGAAGCCAGAGAAGAGGCAGUCCUUUGGAGGGUUUUUUAAGGGCCUUGGCUCCAAAAGGAUGUCUGAUGCCGAAGUGCAAACAGAUCCCGUGUCUAUCCUACCUGCUGGGAAAUCUAAGUAAUGAAAGUAAUGAACAUACUUGGCUGAUGGAGGAUCAGCCGCUCUCUAUAUGCAGUAAAGAUGACUCAUUAUUUUCCUUUAUGUGGCUGUCAUCAAAUGCCUGAGGCUAAAGCAAACAUUGGUGUAUCAUUUAAGGUAUAUCAUUUACAGGAUUUGUUGAUUAAAUGCUAGAAAGUAACUGCAAAGAUUAAACCAAAACUCUGUCAAGAAGCAAUGUGUAGUAUUACUUUUAAAGAAAGGUCAUGUGGAUGAUUUUAAGCCUAUGGAAGGUAGGGUAUGUAAGGUAAGAAAGUGGUAGCGAAUUAAAUAAAUAGCAGAAAAAGUGCAUGUGACAAAGGAAUGCAGUUUGUGCAGUAAGGCAUGAGAAACAAAUCCUCAACUAGCAAGCUUUAAAACAGCCAGGAGGAAAGAGAAAACAAAACAAACAAAUGAAAAAAAAMCCACCUUUUCCUUUGAUAAACUUUAUACUUAAAAGUAAAAACAACCAAACCACCUUUCAUGAGUUUCAAUAGUGCUGAAAUUAGCGGUCUGCAAUAUAACAGAAUCAGUGGUUAUAAGGUUAUGCUUCAUAUUGGUUAUUAAUGUAAAUUAAAAAGCUAAAAUGCAAAGGCUGUAGGUGACUGAGACAACUUCUCUCUUGUCCUGGUGAGGUGGGAUAACAAAUUAAAAACUAUUUUAAGUUCUAAUAGCAACACAAGGGGGCAGCCACAUCCCCAGUGCAGUCCUAACUUCAAGGUCGUACCUACAAUCCUGUUAUUAAUGUUUUUCAGAUGAUAGGAAAAAACUUAGUUGUUUYGUCAAAUACUUGUUUAUAUCCAUACUUGUAAUUAAUCCUAAUAAAAAACAAAAUCAAGGCUGAUCAGGCCUCUCCCUGCUUUACAAGACUCUCGACAUAACUAUAACUGCAGGUAAUACAUUUUACAGAAAAUUAAGAUUUCUGUGGCUUAUUACUAGUUCAGASAGGGAACUGAUG